UAGCCACUGUCUGUCUGACUCACCUCAUCCUCCACUCCACAUCCGAACAGAAGAUUUCUACCAAAAGAGAUUCGGAGAAGAGGAAGACCCAGAAUUUGUGAUCCUUCAACAAUGGCGGUUCCCCAACCGAAACUGGAGCUCCGACCUCUUGGGAACACUGGUCUCAAUGUGAGCUCCGUCGGGUUCGGGGCUUCGCCGCUCGGACGCGUCUUCGGUCCCGUCGCAGAAGACGAUGCCGUCGCCGCCGUACGCCGUGCUUUCCAGCUCGGCAUCAAUUUCUUCGACACCUCCCCGUACUAUGGAGGCACACUUUCAGAGAAAGUGCUCGGUAAGGCACUGAAGGCACUUGGAGCUCCUAGGAGUGAAUUCAUCGUAUCGACAAAAUGUGGACGAUACAAAGAGGGUUUUGAUUUCAGCGCCGAGAGAGUGACGAGGAGCAUCGAGGAGAGCUUGGUGAGGCUGCAGCUCGAUUACGUCGAUAUACUCCAUUGCCAUGACAUCGAGUUCGGCUCUCUUGAUCAGAUUGUGAGCGAGACGAUUCCAGCUCUUCAGAAACUAAAGCAGGAGGGGAAGACUCGGUUCAUCGGUAUCACUGGUCUUCCGUUAGACAUUUUCACUUACGUUCUUGAUCGAGUGCCUCCAGGGACUGUCGAUGUGAUAUUGUCUUACUGCCAUUAUGGCAUCAAUGAUUCGACACUGAAGGAUUUACUGCCUUACUUGAAGAGCAAGGGGGUCGGUGUGAUCAGCGCCUCUCCAUUGUCGAUGGGGCUUCUUACAGAACAAGGUCCACCCGAAUGGCACCCGGCAUCACCCGAGCUCAAGUCUGCAUGCAAUGCCGCGGUUGCGCACUGUAAAUCCAAGGGGAAGAGCAUUACAAAGUUAGCAAUGCAGUACAGCUUAUCAGACAAGGACAUUUCGACGGUUUUGGUCGGAAUGAGCUCCGUGGAACAGGUGGAAGAAAACGUUGAUGCGGUUUCGGAGCUCGGAUCGUCAUCGGGCAUAGAUCAGGAGACUCUAUCUCAGGUAGAAGCUAUUCUUGAGCCUGUCAAGAACCAGACAUGGCCUAGUGGAAUCCCCCAGAACUAGUUUCUCACCAUUGUUUGAUGUCCAUGAUGUGAAACCGAAAGCUGGCAAGUCGCACGCCAUUGUUGCUCUUGUUUGAAGCUUUUGUGUAAUAACAGUUGCUAAAUUCGAUACAGAUUCAGAGUCGGAUACAGAAGAGGAUGAGGAUUCAUAUAUAUAUAUAUACACGCUAAUACAGUGUA